GAAACGCUCGUCUCAGAAGUUGCCAUUGUGAGACAAUGGAAAUUCGGCUUGAAAUAUUCCCGGUUAUACAUUACAAUUUACAAUCGUGCCAGAAUCUUUAAUCAUGACAUUUUUCGAAGUUCAACAAUGAAUAAAGAUUGUAUGAAGAUACUUGCGCUAUACUCAAAUAUAAAUCAUGACAGCAUUAUAAUACCUAUGUGAUAAAUAGCUUUGUAAUGAAAGCUGUUCUAUAAAUCAGUUUUACCAACAGUCUUGGGCUAUACAUUUGCCAAACACCACUAUUCGGCUUUCUCGGCUUCGUUAUCGUUGGUUGUCCCUGCUCUCUCAACAUAAAGCCAUUGUUUCCGGUAGCACUUGAAGGCAGCAGUAGCGUUAGCUGAACUCGUGCUGAGCCGAGAAGCUCCACUGACUACAGCAAUGAGUAGGUUUCCAAAGCACUGCAUUAAAUGGAGCUGGAGGACCAAUGGUGGAAAGGACAGCUGGCUGCAGAUAUCUACAAGGCGCUACGUUACAAAGAGCUCGUGUUGCCUUCCUACAAAGGCCAGUCGCCUCAGCUCAACUUGAGACGAUACUUUGCAGACCUCAUAGCCAUUGUCAGCAACCGCUUCCACCUGUGUCCUGCAGCCAGACACCUGGCUGUCUACCUGCUGGACCUCUUCAUGGAUCGCUACGAUGUCACUGUGCAGCAGCUUCACAUAGUCUCACUCUCAUGUCUUCUUUUGGCCAGUAAAUUUGAGGAAAGGGAGGACAGAGUGCCAAAGUUGGAAACCUUGAAUGGCCUGAGCUGCAUGAGCUCCGUGAACCUGGUCCUGACCAAGCAGGGUUUACUACACAUGGAGCUGCUCCUGCUGGAAACCUUCCAGUGGAACCUGUACUUCCCUACAGCUGCUCAUUUCAUAGAAUACUACCUGUCCAUUGCUGUCCAUGAGGGAGACCUCCAUGAUGGCUGGCCUAUGACCUGUCUGGAGAAGACGAAACUAUACAUGGCCAAGUAUGCUGAUUACUUCCUGGAGGUUUCCUUACAGGAUCAUAUGUUUUUGCGUUUUGCCCCCUCUUUGGUGGCUGCUGCAUGUGUGGCUGCCACCCGCCUCAUCCUCCACCUGUCCCCUACAUGGCCACCCCGACUGCAGCACCUCACAGCUUACACAUGGGAGAACCUAGUCCCAUGUGCAGAGAAACUACUCAUUGCACAUGACAGUGAUGUCAAAGAGGCCAACAAGCAGAAGUGCCAGCAGCCAAACCACCAUCAUCAGCAGCAGGGCCAGACAGCCACUGUUGCCCAGUACCUGCACCAGCCCGGCAUGCAGUACCCUCAGAAGGCUCCACAGCCGGGCCCGGCCCCUAAUCACAGGCCUGCCUCCUACCUCAGCCACCCCACCACUAGCCUACAGGCUCCUACUGGCCCUCAGCAUGGCAACUCCCAGGCCAUCACAAUCUCACUAGAUUCAAAGCCCAGCAUCCCAAGCAGGGCUUACCAAGUCAGCAUGCGCUAUACCCACUCUGCUCCGUGUUUUGACAGAUGAUGGAUUUUCAGGAUUUAGUCAUUUUUGGGGAGGAAAAGAAACUAGAUGGUGAUCUGUUUCUCUUGAACCUAACAGAAUACAGUGAAGGAAGAAUUGUGUUUUUAAUUUAAGAGUCUUGAUGAGAUUGGUGCAGCACUUUGAAUCAUAAGGUGUACGCAAUGUGCAAUAUGCAUACUCUGCUGUUUUUGCACAGAGCAUGCAUGAAGAAUUUUCUUUUUCAAGAUGUUUGAGAUAUCAGGUAUGAUGUCUCUAUUCAAGGCAGACUUUGCACCACUGUACCCACUAGUGUAUAAUUUAGCUACAGACCAAAGGUCUUGUGUUUAUUUAAGCCCUCAGGUACCUCAGGAAGUGUUAAAUGUAUAAAUACUUUGCACCUAUAGCCAUGAUGACUAUUACUUAUAACUUGCUAAUUAUAAGUUAAAAGGGUAGUAACAAAAAGAGAUGCUUCGGUUUGUGGUUGAGAUAAGAGAGCACAGUUUGUGUAGAUGUUCUGUUCCUUGAUUUUUUUUGUGUGUGUGUGUGUGUGUAAAACUAGAAAAGAAUAUACUCCUAAAUGUCACAAUCUGUUUGCAGAAAAAAAUGUUGUUCUUCUGUACAGAGAGAAUUUCAGUCAGUGCUGUGCACUUCUACAAUAAUAGUUUUAAAUAAAUACAAAUAGUUUAACUGAG